AUGGGGUUAUCGGACGUUGUUGACAACCUCCGUUCGCUCAAGAAGACCGUCAAAAAGCCCAUAAAUGCGUUCCGUGAAACCGUCCAUAAUGCCUAUACAAAGGCUUAUGUAGGAUCUCCGGAGAGAGUUGAUGAGUUCUAUAAUUACAUCAAAGUGUACACUCCGAGCAAGCAUAAUGAUUUGUGCAUGAUGAGCAUCACGGCGGACAUCAAUCGGUUCUCAAUGAUACCCGAUAAGAAUACAUUUUUCCAUGUUCUCAAACUCGAGAGGCAUUUCGAUCGGAUGAUUGCUGCACGCAAACAGCCGGAUGUCACUGGAGAUAUGGCGAUUCAAAUUCUCUCCGGCCACAAUACUACUUUCAUGAGCAAGUAUCGCCGUUACAAGACUCGUUCAGCUGCAAAAGAGUUGAAACGAAGAAAUCAACGUUUCAAGGCAUUGAACGUGAGACGACACACUCAAUUGCCGGAAUCAGGAAACGAUGACUCUUGCAUCUACGGAAAUCGUACAUCAAUGGAAAUGCCGACUCUUAACUUGGCGGAUGAUACAAUUCCAAUUGAAACUUGUUCAAAUAAGCCAGAGAUUGAAGUAUCAAUGAACAAGAAAGAAAUUAAUUCCACUUUGGUUUUGAAGAGAUCAAAGGAACUAGGAGAUAUGUGCCAGAAGCAAGAUGUAAUUAUUCAUUGUGAACUCACUAAACCAGAGACUGUAGUGGCUGCCCCGGCUCAAACUCAAAAUUUGAAAAUGGCUUUUCCAGUGAAAGAAGACGAUUCACUUGCUAUUUCAGCUGCAAAGGCCAAUCUUAUUCAAAAGAAACUUCAUGCCAAGAGCAGUACUGAGAAGUCAAUGAUGUCAGUGACAAAGAAACAUGAUGCCAAGUUUAAAGUGGCAAAAUCAGUGACUGUGAAGAAGGAAAAAAUAGAAAAGGCUGAGAACUUCAAUUUGAAAUUGGCAGAGCCAGUGGAGAAAAAAACAGAAGAAAUUGAUAUUGCAGCAGUACUUUUAGAAGAUGUUAUGGAGCAAUUGAUAUUGGAAGAUCAAAAGAAACAAAAGGAAACACAGAAACCAAAAAUCGUCGUUGAGCUCAGCGACGAGGAUAGUCAUGAAGAAUUCGACAAGUGUGACGAAGAUGAUUCAGAUGACGGAAGUGACAUUGAAGAGUUGGAGAAGAUUGAGGACAAGGACGUCGAUGCUCUUGAAUAUGAGAUGAUCUAG